AUGUCGACUGCUGCACAGAGCAGCUACGCAGCCUCUACUGCAGACAAUGCCAACAACGUUGCAGCAGUCUUCCUCCCCCGCCCUCGAUCUCGACUGCGCACCAUCGCGAAGCAGUACGACGAAGCUGCGCAGCAAACCGUCACACAUACCGACGAGCCAUACAAGAUCGUUUGGGGGAGCCGAACUUUCGUCAUUAGCGGUGUUCUAAACAAGAAGAAGAGCCGUGGCCGUCGUUCCUGGAUUACUCGUGAGGGUUGGUUCCUAACGGAGCUGACGACAACAGGAAAGGUCAAGCAGGAUGUCUGGUGCUGUCGACGCUGCGAUGCCUACGGCAAGCCCCAGUCCCACAACAUCGCCGAGGACAGCCCCAGCCGGCCAGACAACGAGAUGACCGUCCUUGACAUCCAGCGAGAGGCUAGCAACCGAUCGACCCCUUCCAGCAUUCCACAAGCGAAGAUCAGUCGGGCCCGGGAGCUUCUAGUAGGCUAUAUUGUCGACGGCGACUUGCCCUUUACUGCUCUGGAGAGCGUCUACAUCAAGGAGCUCUUAAAGCAGCUAGACCCUGGAUUCGCCCAAGAGCUCCCUCACAGUAGAUCGACAAUUGGAAGGGAUAUCAAGGAGCUAGGGAAGCAUUCUGGGAAUUACAUCGCGCUCACGAUCCAGGAUAUUCUCAAGGCUUGGGGAAUUGGGAAGCAGGCUUUCCUUUUUGGCCAGGAUGCUACCUGCUUCGAGAGGGAUGCUUAUACCCUUUCCCUUUGGAGUGACGACGAGGCUGAACUAGCACAUUGGAGAGCAAAGGGACCUGUUGGAAAGCUUCACAAUAUCGUCAAGUUCAUCAGGGCGUCGCCGCAACGAUCCGAGGCAUUCCGACAGCAUGCUAAGGAAGCCCAGACCUCUGACGACUAUCUGUUGUCAGAGGAGCCGACCUGGGACCUUGGCCUCAAGCAGGACAACAGCACGCGCUGGAACUCAACUUACCUGAUGAUCGAGAGGGCUGUCAGGAAGAGGAAUGAUAUCAACAGCUUUAUCUUGGAGCUUGAUCUUGAAUCUGAUGGUGACAAGCGGAUCCCUGAUGCUGACAAACUAACCACCGACGACUGGAAGGCCCUGAUCGAGAUCAAGACGAUCUUAGAACCACUCUACAAACUGACGAUAAAGACCCAGGGAUGGGGGCAGUCUGGAACAAGUGGUCGACUUUCAGAUGUUCUAAUGGGGAUGGAAUAUGUAUUGGGACAUCUUGAAGGUUACAAGACUCUAUACGACAAGGAUUCCGGUCUUGAAGCUGCUCGAGCAGCUGAAGCUUCGGCGGAUCUAGCGCGUAAUCAACCAACCAGUCUAUCGCAGCUUCGAUCGACGCGGCGGCUGCGCUUCAACGAAGGGGCCCUGCCUUCUCAUGCCCGCGACGAGUACGUCACGAUGCCCGACAGCGACGGUCUGCUUAGACUCCAAGCUAGAGAGCGGGCCAGCAUUCGGGCCAGUAUCAACAAUGCCUGGAAGAAACUUGACGAGUACUACACGAAGCUUGCGGAUUCCCCUUUGUUCACUGCAGCUAUCAUUCUGAAUCCAAAUCUCGGCCUUCGGUGGCUGCGGCGUCGGUGGAGGGAUCCCGAACAACAUGAGUGGCUCGUUGCUGCGAAAGAUGGUCUCAAGGAAUACUUUGACCGCUGGUAUUGCAGCUCUGAUGAUCCCCAGCCUCAGGGUCGAUCUGUCUGUCGAGAUUUAGGCCAGCGCUGCUCAAAGAUCAGAUUGUAG